GGUCCGGCUCGUGCCGAGGCUCAAGCGCGUCCUGUUGUUCGAGGCGCGGCGGUGAUGCUAUGGACGCUGCCAUCGGGGUCCAGGCCCCGGUCCCACCGUUCAAGUUGCUUGUUGACCAGCCGCGGCUGCUAUUGGACUCCUUCGCGUACCUCUCCUGGGCGUCCCACCAGGAACUACUCAACUGCGAGCUCACCGUCCAGUUUCUUCACGAGGAGGGCUCUCGGGGAGGGGUCGUGCGCGAGUGGCUCACUCUCGUUGGCCGCUCGCUGUUCGACCCCCAGCUCACCCUCUUCUCCGCGUGCUUGCACCGGUUCUUCCUCAAUCCAGGCCAACAAGGACAGAUGCACACGGGCAUCACAUAAAUAAUAUAUGUGCAAUUAUGAUAUCACAAAUGUGGAAUAAGGAUAAGUUGCACAUUUCAAAGAAAAAUUCACAUAAAUUUCUGUUAAAAUAGAAAUCUUUGAAUGUGCAAAUUUCCUUCUUCUUUUUGUUGAAAUAGAUUGACCCUGUAAACUUUUCCUAUUUUUGUUCUUUUACUAAUUACUUGCACGUUUACUGUAUCAAA